AUGGCCGGCGAGAUGGCGAACGUGCGCUGCGGCGAGGCGAUCAACGACGAGUCGCGCGUGACCAUGGCCGGCGCCGAGCUGGUGCCUCCGCCGGAAGAUGAAGAAGACGAUGCCGAUGAAGAAGGUGGUGAGGAUGGCGAGAAGGAGGAAGAGGAGUGUGCAGCUGCGGUGGUGGUCGUCGUCGUCGUUGAGGGUCGGUUGGACUUGCCCUGGCCCGUCUUGUUGUAG